UAUAUAACAAAUUUUAUGGUAUUUAGAAAACAAAACAUAAAAAACAAAAAAAAAAGAAAAUAAAAUAAAAAUUAUUGUUUUUUUGCUUUUUUUUUUUCUAUGGCACAUAUAACGGUCUUCUAUUCCAUAUAUCAAAAAAUAAACAUUGUUUAAAAAAACAAAAACAAUUGAGAAAAAAAAAUCGAAUUUAUAAAGAAAAAAAGCAAUCAAAGUCGUAAAGAAAAGAAAAACAAAAAAUAGAAAAAAAAGUGUAACGGUGAAGAAAAUCGGAAACGGAAACAUAGAAAUCGAGUAAAACAACAAAAACUAUUAAAAUUAUUUGAACAAAAACACAACUAUCAAAAGAAAUUAAACUAAUAAAGUAAUUAACAACUUAGUGAUUUAAAUAAUUUAAAAAGUGAAUCAAAAAAUAAUAAAAACUAAAAUACAAAAAAAAUAAAUUAAAUUUCUAAAAACAAAAACAUGGAAGGCCGUUUAAUUGAAUAUCGGCCAAUUGGUGGUGGUUUAGAUUAUCAUCAUAGUUCACCAUUAAUAGGUGAAAUACCAAAUGGUGAAUAUAGUCAUGUUGUUCAUCGUUCUAUUGAUCAAUUACGUAACAGUAUUAAUGAACGUGUUACAUUAGGACCAUUAAGUGUAUUUUCAACGACACCAUCAUCAUCGGCAACAGCUGCAACAGUAGCAGCAGCUGGAACUGAUUUAAGAACAUCAGUGUUAACAUAUAAUACAAAUAAUUUAAAUCAAAUAACAGUAACUCCAACAACAAAUUUAUUAAAUGCUAAUACAACGGAUCAUCAACAUCAGCAGCAACAACAACAAUAUUUACAUCAAAAUGGAACAAUUCCAAAUAAUACAAAUGCAUCAAAUACAGGGAAUAAUACAAAUAAUUUAAAUAUUAAUGAUCAUAAGACUUCAAAUGGUAAUUCUUGUUUAGUUCAAGAAACAAUUAAAGGUACAGGAACAGGUUUAAUACAAAAUGAUUUUAUUACAAUUAAUACAACACAAUUAACAUCGGGACAUGGUAAUGGUAUAGUAGCAUCAUCAACACGCUGUUCUAGUAGUGGUAGUGAAAGAUCAAGAAAAUCACGUUCAUCAUAUCAUCAUCAUAAUCAUCAUCAACAACAUAAUCAACAUAAUACAACGACAGUAACAACAAAUCCCCAUCAACAACAUAAUCAUCAUCAACAGCAACAACAACAACAACAACAGCAACAACAUCAUCAUCAUCAACAAAUUCAUGAUAAUGGUAUUGGUGGUGGUGAUCCAAGUAUUUCAUCAACUACAAGUAGUGGUAUUUUACAACAUAAUGAAAAUUCUCUUUGUGAUGAUGAAGAUAUUAAAGAUCCGAAGAUUUUUAGUUCUAAAGCUGAUCUACAAUUACAUACACAAAUUCAUAUGCGUGAAGCUAAACCAUAUAAAUGUUCACAGUGCUCGAAAGCAUUUGCAAAUUCGUCCUAUUUAUCUCAACAUACUCGCAUACAUUUGGGCAUAAAACCAUAUCGUUGUGAAAUUUGUCAACGUAAAUUUACUCAGCUAUCACAUUUACAACAGCAUAUUCGUACACAUACCGGUGAUAAACCAUAUAAAUGUCGACAUCCUGGCUGUCAAAAGGCAUUCUCUCAACUUUCAAAUUUACAAUCACAUUCCAGAUGCCAUCAAACUGAUAAACCAUAUAAAUGUAAUUCAUGCUAUAAAUGUUUUACUGAUGAACCAUCAUUAUUGGAACAUAUACCGAAACAUAAAGAAUCAAAACAUUUAAAAACUCAUAUAUGCCAGUAUUGCGGUAAAAGUUAUACUCAAGAAACAUAUCUGACUAAACAUAUGCAAAAGCAUUCAGAACGUACUGAUAAACGUCCACCAAUUGUUACUGGUAGUGGUGGAAAUUCAACAACAGCUAAUAAUACCAGUAAUGGAGGUAGUGGUUCAAAUGGUAAUACAACAACAUCAAAUUCAGCUGGUAAUAAUAAUAGUGCUGGUAACGGUAGCAAUAAUACAACAUCUACAAAUAAUAGUAAUAAUAAUCCUAAUGGAGUUGGACAAGAACAUUCAUAUUGGCCAAAAGUAUCGCCCGAUUCACAAGCAAAUAUAAAUGAUGUUAUGCAUCAACAGCAACAACAACAGCAACAGCAACAACAUGUACAACAGCAGAAUCAUCAUGAUUUCCCACCGUUAAAUUCUCAACAUCAACAAAAUGCUACUUUACAAUCACAUCAUAAUCCUGGCGAUGGUAGUGGUAACCCUGGUACAGGACCUGUUCGUGAUGAAGUCGGUCCAACACCAACCGGUUAUGAUACAUCAUCAAUUACAAAAACAUCAAGUAAUUCAGCAUUUACACCAAUAACAAAUUCAACUAUGGUAUCACCACAUUUAGCUCAUCAUCCAAUGGCACAACGUCCAUAUUUAUAUGAUGCAAUAAGUUUCCCAAAUAAAAAUGUCAAUCAAAAUACUGCAAAUACAUUCCCAAAUCAAUUAAUUUCAUUACAUCAAAUAAGAAAUUAUGCCCAUCAGCCAGCUGGUUUAAUGGCUGGUGAACAUUUAUUAGGAGUUAGUGUUGGUGCUGGUAAGGACAAAGGAUAA